UCUAGGAAAAUUAUUCUGAGAGCAAUCAACUAUUCAGAUGAUUUUAGUCGUCGAGAAGGGAGGAUGUUUUACGGUAUGAUCUCGAAUGAAGUGAUAAAUAAAAGUGUUUGCAACAUUCACGAUUGAGUGUUUCGGAGUCUUCAGUUAGUAUGUUGAAUUGCGAUUUAUAAUUUUGAUUAAUACGUGUGAUACAUUCGAAAAAACCAACGAGCAAAAUAUGGAUAUUCUAGAAACGAAAACGCUAUGAUUUUUUUAUGACGAAGUUAAAUGAUGGACAAUGCACUAAUUCAAGGGCAAACAUAUGUAUGAAUGUAUGUUAAAAAAACAUACCGUGGUAUAUUUUAUCUCUGAUAACCGAGUGGAGAAUGUUAAAUAAAUGGUAUACAGCACAUAAUUACAAAAUCAAUCACACUAACGAACAAACAAAAGAACGAUUUUACAAACAAUACAUCGAAAGAAAGACCAAAUAUACGGAGGAAGCAAAGAAACGAACACAACAGCAGACACGUUAACUAAGAAAAAGAGGAAACUAAGAAAACUAUACAACGAACACAACGAAAAACUAUAAAACAAAUAAAACGGACGAUUCGCGAAACGAACGAAGUUUUCCGAACAAGGUUAUAUAAUAAGACAGAAUCCAAGACGUUCUCUUCAGAAGUCUCGAAGAUGAAUGUUGCAGAAAUACUUCGGCUGCUGGACAGAUGUAUCCUCACCGCGGAAAAGAAAAGCGCUUUGAACGAUUUGUUGUCUGCGGAUAUUAAUUUUGGCGGAUGUCAGGUGAAGACGUUGGCGAAAAAAGGCGAAUCUGUUAUAUUUCCGGUUGGGACGUUGAAUCGGGUUCCGGAAGUGACUUCAGCGCUCUGGCUCGCAAACUUCCGGUCUGCCCUUAUCGACCACGAGUUAAGCAACGAAUCGAUACGAGAGGUGUUGGUUUUGUAUCGAUACCAUCUUUUUGAAGAAAAGUAUCGAACUGAAAUCGAACAGCGCGAAAAAGAGUUGAACACUUCUAAGCUCAACACCCAUUCUAGAAAUGAAAAAGUAAAAGCACACAAUAUCACGAACAGGGUAAAAGCAAUCCAAACUGACUUAAAAGUGGAUUAUGGUGAAAUAAUGCUAGGUGGACCAAUAUUGUUUGGUAGAGAACAAUCCAAUGGUGAAACUUUGAAUGUGCAUGCCGGUACAGAAGCGAGCGAGCUUGAUUGCAAGGGUCCCUUACGGCCGACGGAAUUGCUUGAUCGUAUAAUCAAAACUCACAAAAUGCGGCGAGACAUCAUUAUACCGACCAUGACACAGAACGGGGAUUCUACAUCCGAUGCAUCGUCUGCCAGAACGCGAAAACAUGGACCAAGUUUACCGCGUUUCGGUUACGAGCCAUCCCGGGGACGAACCAGCAACCUGCCGCGAAAUAAUGAAUUAUGUCGACUGCUAGCGAGCCCAGAUUCGCAAACCGCAACACAUUUGUGCGAUACAACACAUGAAAAUAACAACAGCGUAUUGGAUUUGAUACCAAGGCCACCUCUUGUUGAGAAGAAAAAUGUUAGCAAACGACAGGGUAGUAUAGUUUGUAAGGGUGGCCGAAGUUCGCCCGGCGAUCACCAGAAAUGGUGCGUUUAUUACGAAGCAAAUAUUUCGCAGGACACAACUGACCCGAAAUCCGGAACACCACGGACACAAGGCGAUAAUGUGCAGUCGGACAAGCUAAAAGACAGGGAUAAGUCAAUACCUUCACUUCCGAGAUCGAAAACAAGUUUAGAAUUCGAAACAAAAUUUCAGAGACCGGAUCUACCAGAUUAUCAGUCGCUUCACCGUGAUGUUUACCUGCGGGCACUUGCAGAUUCACGCGCUCGCCUCGUUUUCAAGAAAGCGCAUAAUUUCGCGACCCAGACAACAAGACCAUGGGUGUUUUCAUAUUUUGGCGACAUGAAACGAGGCAAAACUUGUAUUGAUCUUCGAAAAAAUAGUAAUGAAAUGGCGCAUAUUUUUGGUAAAGGCCACACAGACUUUACGCAUUACUAUGAUAUGUUUGUAAAAGCUAAGCUAAACAGGAAAAAGGCUGACUUAGCUAAGGGAACAGACAAUGUGUGACUGCAAUUAGGUUGAUUGUAAACGUCUUCUUAAAUUGAAUACAUUUUCGCAUCUGUAAACUUUUUUUUAAGGAAAAGUGUUGGAAAACAGCACUAAGCACACGAAAUCAAAAACAAACCGAGGAUUUUACACUUUUAUUUUUACACGUAUAUAAUUAUAUGCAUACAUACAUUACAUUUUAGGAUAAAAGCUUAUUCUUUUAAA